CCGGAGCCCCCCUUCACAUCACCCCCUCCGCAGCAAUGUGCCGCCCCCCGCCGCCGCUCCGCCUGCUCCUCGCCCUCCUCAGCAUCCUCCUGCCGCCGUUGCUGCUGUUGCUGCUGGUGCCGCCGCCGCCGCGCCUGGCCGCGAUCGCCGCCGGAGCCGGGACCCGCCGCGCCCUGCCCGCCGGCCCCACAUGUGCAGCCUCACGCCAGGCUGCCUGCGGUGCCAUCUGCAUCCCCGUACCCUGGCUCUGCGAUGGCGAGCAGCAGUGUGCUGACGGGACGGACGAGCAGUGCGACGUUGCCUGUGGUGGGGACCCCCAUGUUUGGCAGUGUGACGAUGGCCGGUGUGUUUCUAGCAGUUGGCGUUGUGAUGGUGUUGCUGACUGCAUGGAUGGCUCUGAUGAGCAGGACUGUGUGUGCGGGGCAAAGAAGGUGCAAUGUCCUGGCACCCACCACUGCAUCCCACACUGGGAGUUAUGCGAUCGGCACCAGGACUGUGAGGACGGCUGGGAUGAGGAAGGGUGUCCCCAGCAGCCAUGUCUGCCUGGGCAGUGGCAGUGCAGGAACAGGGUGUGCAUCAUGGCUGAGUGGAAAUGCAAUGGGAUUGAUGAUUGUGGCGAUUCCUCAGAUGAAGAUGUCUGUGCUCCCUGCCCACCUGGCAUGGUGCGGUGCGACGAGGGAAAGUGUAUCCUGGAGUCCCUGAUGUGCAAUGAUGAGGAUGACUGCCUGGACGGCACCGACGAACCCAGCACAUGCGGUCGGAGCUGCUUUGUACGCAACGGGGGCUGCGCGGAGACGUGUACUGACACGCACUGGGGAGUGCAGUGCUCCUGUGGGGCUGGCUGGAUGCUGCAGGCGGAUGGACAGAGCUGUGCUGAUGUGGACGAGUGCUCCCUGGAGUACAGCCCCUGCAGCCAGCUGUGCAGCAACACCCCAGGUGCUUUCAGCUGCUCCUGCCUCCCAGGCUACACCCUGUGGCACAACACGGCCUGCGAAGUAUCAGACAAUGCAACGCAGAUCCUGGUGGCUGUGGGGGAGGACCUGGCCCUUCUAGAUGUGCGGACCCAAGUCUACCGGCCCCUGCUCUCCACUGAGACUGAACCCCGAGCCCUGGUGUAUGACCUGCUCCGAGAAACUUACUACUGGCUCACAGAGGACGGCGAGCUUCGUGUUCACCACCCUGGGAAGGGCACGCAGUCCCUCUACCCAGAUGCCGAGGAAGUGAACAGCAUCUCCGUGGACUGGUUCACAGGGCAGCUGUACUGGGCCAGCAGCCACCCUCCAGCCAUCUGUGCAGGGCUGGGUGAUGGCCGGGGCUAUGUGACGGUGCUGGGUAAGGAUGUGGUACCAGAGCAGCUGACAGUGCAUCCUGCUGCAAGGUCCCUGUACUGGGUUAACCGUGGGCAGAGGGGCCGAACAGUCAUUGCUGCAGCUGGUAUGGAUGGCUCAAACCGGCGGGAGCUUACUGUGGUGUCCAUGGAGGAGCCUGUGGGGCUGAGCCUGGACCAUGUGGCCAGCAGGCUGUACUGGAUCAGCGAGUACAAGGAGUCCAUUGAGACGCUGCGAGUGGAUGGCGGCGGGCGGCACUCCUUUCCUGCUGUCCUGCGGAGCCACACGGAGCCGCUGGGCCUGGCUGUGUUCGAGAGCCGGUUCUUCUGGACCGAUGGCAUGGAGCUGGUGUCGGCCACCCGGGCCUCUCCCCGGGAGCACGCGGUAUUGCUCCGUGCUCCUGUUUCAGCUUUCACUGUCCUACACGUGCUGCAGCAGCCCCCCCGGGAUACUGCUGCUUGUGCUCCUGGCCUGUGCAGUCACCUUUGCCUCCUGUCCCCUGUGCACCCUCGGGGCUACAAGUGUGCAUGUCCAGAGGGUCUCUUCCUCCUGCCCUCUGGGAAGUGUGAAGAGCUGUCCAUCGUGUAUGCAUCAGGGAAGACCAUCUCCCUGGUGCAGGUGGGUCCUGGAGCACACAGCAAACGGGUGCAGGAGUGGCAGGAGCCCCUCCAUCUGCAGGAUGUGGACUGGCAGAGGUCAGUGCUCUAUGGGACAGAUGAUCGUGGGACACUGCUGCGUGUUGUGGGACACCCUGGCCAGAGAGAGGCCAUUGCAACUGGGCUGCCAGUGUGCUCUGUUCGUGUGGACAUCCGCUCGGGGGACCUGUACUGGCUCGCAUGUAACCGGAGGGACAUCGGAGUGAUCCGGGCGUCUGAUAUGUCCUCGCGCAUCCUGCACCGUUCUUACAGCAGCAUCCAGCACCUCUUCUUGGACUGGCAGCGGGGCACUCUGUACUGGCUAGCUGGUGGACAGCCCCUGCAGCAGCUCAGCCUGGCUGGGGGUGCUCCGUGGGAUGCAUGGAACGAGACAUGGCCUGGAGACCUGCCUGCAGCCAUGGAUAGCAGAGCCUUCAGCUUGCUGUGGAGCUCAUCCCUAGGCCUGCGGGCACUGAGUCUGACCAAGCAGCAAGCAGUCACCCUGGCACCCAGCUGGUCCCAUGGCCUUGUGGCUGCCUUCGAGCCAUACCUGGUGUCUGCAAAUGGGACAGCUCUGCUGCUGUGGGACCGGAGGACGCUGUCCCUUGUGGUGUCCAUACCAGCAGCAGGUGUGCAGGGAGUGGUGGCCUUCGUGGUCUCGGAGCCGCAGGCUGUGCUACCAAGCAAGGGGUCUGCCCUGCCACUCCCUCCCCCUGUGACUACCACUACAAGAACAGCUACAAGUACCACUGCUGCUCAGCCCACCACCUCCACCACGAGACCUACGCCAAGCAGGACCACCACCACUGCCCUCACCACUACUGCACCCAACAGCAAGGCUACCACAACACCAUCCACCACCAGCCAGUCCACAUUGACCAAAACCACUCCUGCACCAACCACUGUACAGACCAUACCAACCAAGACCACCACUGUGCGGCGAGCCACCACCAGCAUCACCAGCACCACCAGCACCACUCAGUCCUUGCCAACCAGGACCAGCACCACACAGCCAGCUACUACCACUCGGCGCACAACCAGUCCUGCACAGGUAGUGCCACCUACUUCAUCCCUCCCAUCCAGCCCUGCAUACCGCCUGACCCCAGUCCUCCGUCUGUCCUGUCCUCGCACGCAUGUGCCCUGCCGUGAUGGCACCGAGUGCGUGGCCCAGGAGUAUAUGUGUGAUGGGGAGAAAGACUGUGCUGAUGGCUCUGAUGAGGAUGGGUGUGCCCAGCUCUGUGACACCCCAGGGGCCUUCCACUGUGCAAGCGGAGCUGUGUGCAUUGGGGCUGGGGAGCGCUGUGAUGGGGUGCCCCAAUGCCCCGAUGCCUCAGAUGAGACAGGCUGCUGGAGCCCCACACAGGAGUGUGCCCUGCGCUGUGAUGGUGCCACCCGCUGCAUCCCAGAGAGCUGGCUGUGUGAUGGCCAUGCCGACUGCCUGGACCACACCGAUGAGCAGGGCUGUGUGCCAAAAGAGUGUGGCCCUGCCGAGUUCCCCUGCCAGAAUGGGCAGUGUGUGGCCUUGGCCCUGCGCUGUGAUGGUGACCGUGACUGCCGGGACGGCUCGGAUGAGGAGGGCUGUGCCAUGCCCCGGCCACUGCUCUGUCGUACAGGCGAGGUGGCAUGUCCCCACAGUGGGGAGUGUGUGCCAGAGGCCUGGCUCUGCGACGGUGCUGCUGACUGCACGGAUGGCUCAGAUGAGCAGGGCUGUCGCUGGGAGGAAGGAUUGUGCAGGGACCGGCAGUGGGGCUGCUCCCAUGGCCAUAAGUGCAUCCCUGAUGUCUGGCGCUGUGAUGGAGAGAGUGACUGCACAGAUGGCAGCGACGAGGCUGGCUGCCAACCUGCUCCCUGCCAGAGUGAUGAGUACCCAUGUGGGCGGGAGGCCUGCCUGAAUGCAUCCUUGGUGUGUGAUGGCCAGCAGGACUGCGCGGAUGGCUCAGAUGAGGGGAGGAACUGCUCAGUGCCCUGCCAGCGGUCCUGCGCUCAUCUCUGCUACCCAUCACCCCGGGGCCCUCGGUGUUGGUGUGGCUCGGGCUAUCGUCUGGCUGAUGACGGUCUGUCCUGUAUGGACAUAGACGAGUGCACAGAGCAGGGUGAGGAAGCCUGCAGCCAGACAUGCCUCAAUACUCCAGGGUCUUACAACUGUAGCUGUCUCCCUGGCUACCUGCUGGAGCCUGAUGGCCGCAUCUGCAAACUCACUGGACCAGAGCCCCUGUUGCUGGUGGCUGUGCAGUCGGAAGUGCUGUCCUAUGGCCUGCGGAGCGGACGUGAGGAGGUGCUGCUGGCUGCUGACAAGGAUCGCGUUGUCUUCUCGCUUGACUAUGACCUGGUGGAGAGGAAGAUCUUCUGGAUGGACCUGGCCACAGAAAGCAUCCGCUGGCAGGGCCUUGACUCGGGGAAGAAAGGCACACUGGUGAAAGGUGUAAAAUCAGACUGUAUAGCAGUGGACUGGCUUGGGAGGAACCUGUACUGGACAGAUGGGGCAGCAGGGCAAGUGCUGGCCACUCGUCUGGGAGCUACCUGGAGAGGGACACCAGAAUACACUGUGGUGAUGGAUGGAGACCUGGACCAGCCCCACUCCCUGGUGCUCCAGCCUCUGGCAGGGCUGCUGUACUGGUCAGAGGUGGGGAGCCAUCCACGGCUGAUGGAGGCCACUAUGGACGGGAGCAGGCGGCACAUGCUGCUGGCCCGGGGGCUGGGCUGGCCCACUGCACUGGCCCUCGACCUCCCCACCUGGAGGAUCUUCUGGCUGGAUGAGAAGCUGGGCAGCAUCGGUUCUGCCCAUCUGGAUGGCACUGGUGUAAAGGUCCUGCAGCUGAGCUGGGUCCGGAGCCCCUUUGCAGCAGCUGUGUGCGAGGGGCAGCUCUACUGGUCAGAGAGGAAGGCAUGGUCCGUGCAGCAGGUGGACAAGGCCAGCGGCAAGAACAGGACCGUGCUGCUCAAGAGACACGGGCAGCCCCAUGGCCUCCAGGUGAUGCACCCAGAGCUGCGCCCUGUGGCCUCUAACCCAUGUGUGGCACGUGGCUGCUCCCACCUUUGCCUGCUGAGCGCCAGACACGUUGGGCAGUGCCGGUGCCCUGCCGGGCUGACUCUGGCCGCCGAUGAGACCACUUGCCUGCCCCUCCGCGACUCAGCCUUUGCCCUCCUGGUGUCCCAGGCAGCUGUGGUGCAGGUCUACCUGAAGGACCUGCCCACGAUGGCUGGAUCCCAAGGUUUCCCUCCACACCGGGCCCUGCCCUUGGCCAAAGUGGUCCACCUGACAGCCAUCGACUAUGCAGUGAAAGACAAGAGCCUGUACUUUGCAGAGGUGGAGGGUGACUCCAUCGGGCUGCUGCGCCUGAAGGACUCAGGCCGGCUGUCCUGGAAGCAAGUGGUGGCUGUGGAGGGCAUGGUGACAUCCCUGGCCCUGGACUGGCUGAGUGGGAACCUGUACUGGAUGGGGGGGCAGCCGCCCAGCAUCCACGUGGCAGCUUCUGGGGGGCGGUGGGCCCUGGCACUGCUCAGCAAGGGGCUGCAGGGCGCUGCCUGGCUGGCACUGUGCCCUCGCGCCUCCACCAUGUGCUUUGUCACAGCGGCUGGCAACCGCGGGCCCGGUGCUGUCGUGGAGUGCGCAGCCAUGGACGGCACCGGCCGCAGGGUGCUCUGGAGGAGAGCCCGGGCUCCCACUGGCCUUGCCUUUGGGGGUGUUGGCACCCGGCUGUACUGGGCAGACCGUGAGAGAGGCACCAUCAACAGCAUCGAGCUGGACGGGUCCCGUCCCCGGGUGGUGCGGGAGGGACUGCAUGGCCUCUCCCUCUUUGCCAUUGGAGAAGGCUUUCUGCUCUGGAGUACGACCUCAGCCAACGGGUCUAGCAGGAUCUGGCACAGCCGUCUGGAGCGGGUUGAGAGCUGGUGGUUCCCAAUGGAGCAAGAGUUGGUAGCCAUGAAGAUUUACAGCCAGUUCUCUCAGGAAGGCACCAACGGCUGUGCGAAGAACAAUGGCGGCUGUGCCCAGCUCUGCCUGCCCAACCCUGCAGGGCGGCUGUGCCGCUGCUCCCCUGGCUACCGCCUGGUGCGAGGGGUGGAAUGCACCAAGGCACUGCCCUGCCCGGCCCCGCUCCAGGCCUGUCCUGACCUCCAGACCUGCAUCUCCAGAGAGCAGGUCUGCGAUGGGCACCCCAACUGUGCUGAUGGCUCUGAUGAGUCUGACUGUGAGUGUCUGCCCGCAGCCGGUGUGUGCAGGGGUGCUGCCUGCCCAGUUUCCCCCAGUUCGGGAAGGGGGGUCUCACCUGUGACUGAUCUAUGUCCACCCCGCUAG